AUGCCGGGAAGUCCUCAGCGAGCAAAGCCAAAGAGCCAGGAAAAGGCUGUGGACGGGUGCGACGCUGGUGUUGGCCUUCUCGUAGCCCGUCGACAGCGGCUGGACUGGGUCCUUUGUGCAGCUCGCCGAGCUGCUCGAGAUGGCAGACAAGCACCCGCACACAACAGCCACGCUUGUCGUGGGCAGGGGCCCGAUGUUCUCUGCGGGAGCCAACAUCAAGACGGUGGCCGCGCUGAAAAACAAGAGCAGCAGCGAGAUCCUCAGCGAGAUCAGCGCGAAAAACCUGUACUUAGUGCAUCUGUUCACGUCGCACCGCAAACUGCUCGUGGUCGGGCUCAACGGGCCGGUGAUCGGGCUCACGGCGUCGCUCGUCGCUUUGGCAGACCUCGUGUACGCACAGAACGACAGGGUGUUCAUGUCGUUCCCGUUCACGAACAUUGGUCUCACGACCGAAUGCGCGGCAGCGGUGUCGCUGCCGCACCGGCUGGGGUUGAGCACGGCACUGGAACACGUGCUGCUGGCAAAACCGAUGUCGGCAGCCAAGUUGCGCGAGCUUGGGCUCGUCAACCAGGUGUUUGA